AUGGAGGAUAGAGACAACAACAGCAAAAAAAGAACACCAGAAGAAGCCACUUUAGUUUCAGAAAACAAGCGAUUCCGAACUGAACUAAAUGUAUUAAAACCACCAGAACCUCUCAUACAACUUGACUUGAUUAAUCAAAUAAAGACGAAAAACGAAGGCUAUGAGUUUAGGUUCAUAUCGAAAAAAUGGUAUGUACGUUGGGAAGCUUAUUGUCUCGGUAUCAAUUCGCGCCCUCCACCUGUAAAUAACUCGGCUAUCAUGAACGAAAAGAAUAAGCUGAAGCAAGGAUCGGAAAUUGAAGAAGACUACUUGGUGAUACCUUUAAGAGCUUGGAAUUACCUUGUCUUAUGGCAUGGCCUUGUUGAUCGCUCUCAUGAAUUAACAUUUUUAAAGCCUAAUAUCGCUCCACCAACCAAAGUCAAGAAAUUGUCCUCUAAACCCAAGUUUCUUGUGAAGAAGGAGCUCCUAUCUGAUCCAAUUUAUCAUUUCAAUGUGUAUAGAGUGGGACAAACAACCAAAAGGAGUCAGUCGUUUACUAUCUCAGCAUCUUGCAAGGCUAUAGAAUUUCAAACCAGUCUCCUAAACACCCUGGAUCAUUCACUAGGAACACAAGAAACAUUCAAACUUUGGCUCCUGAAUCAUGAAAACAACCACCUUUUAUCUCGACUCAGAGGAUCUUCUUCCUUUGUUAUUACCACUCAAUUCUUAAACGACAAACGCUUUGCUAUUCAGAUCGAUACAAGUUCUAUUUCUGACAGUUCUAAACUCAUUGAUAUACUACCUCACAGCAUGAAUGCAAAGGAGUUUUAUUUAGCAGUCAAUCUUAUAAAAAAAAAGCCUCCUCAAGAACAAGCAAUGCCAUUGUCUUACAAAAAGACAUUAGGCUUGAUUGGUUUACAAAAUUUAGGCAACACCUGUUAUAUGAAUUCAGCAUUGCAAUGUCUAAGUAACACGCCUCAACUCACACAAUGGUUCACAAACAAUCACUACAAGCAGGACUUGAAUACCAAUAAUCCACUUGGUUUAAAUGGUGAUUUAGCAAGUGCCUAUGCAGCUAUUCUUAAAGACAUCUGGAAAGAGAACACAAACUUUACUACUGCUAGUCGGUCAUCUAUUUCACCUAGAGAAUUCAAGAGUACAUUUGAAAGGUUUAAUCCACACUUUGUUGGUUUUUUACAACAAGAUUCACAAGAACUGCUUAGUUUCUUGCUUGAUGGUCUACAUGAAGACUUGAAUCGAGUUCAUGACAAACCCUAUAUCGAAAUACCUGAUUUUGAUAACCAGUUGUCUGAUUUAGAGAUUGCCACGCGAUUUUGGCAGUAUCAUACAGCAAGAAACGAUUCCAUUAUUGUUGAUCUGUUUCAAGGACAAUACAAAAGCCGAUUGGUUUGCGAUGAAUGCAAGAAAGUCUCAGUAACAUUUGAUCCUUUUAUGUAUUUAUCUUUACCAUUGGCUCAACAACAGGACGAAAAGAAACGUGAGAUAAACAUUGUUUAUGUACCUUAUUUGCCCUCACAGAAGCAAUUGAAAACGAAGGUUUAUCUCGCUCAAGAUGCUACUAUAGAGCAACUCAAACAAGAAGUCGAAAACAAUAUAAAUUUAUCCUCUAUCAAUUAUGAAUAUAGUUUGCUUGUAACAGAGAUUGUUGCUGAAAGAAUUUACAAAGUGUUUGAUUCGACUGAACUUGUCAGUUCAAUUCAACCAACUGAUCAUAUCUAUAUCUACCAAUUGCCCUGUCCUUCUUCUUCUUUAGACCAUCCAGAUUGGGUUAUUUUCCCAGUUUAUUGUUCUUUACAAUCAAGUCUUCGUGAUGACCAUACGGAUAAAGUUUCCCCUAUACGACAAUUUGGCUAUCCUAUCGUACUUGCCAUGAAAAAGGGCGAGCUACAAGAUGGGUUUGAUCUGUAUAGAGUCAUUGUUCAACAUAUUGAACGCUAUUGUAUUGUUAAAUUGUUUGAAGAAGACACAUUGUCACCAACUAUAGCACCAUCCAAAAAUGCGCUGUCUGUUGAUCUGCCUCAACAGCCCAUUCAUACAACAGCCGCUGUUACUUCUGCAGGUGGUCGACCCACGACACCCGUGCCCAACUUAUUUCAGAUCAAAGUAUUUGAAUGUCAAACAUCUAGCCCAGGAUUAUUUCCUCAAACAAGUCAAGCAACCGAUUGGAAGAAGCCAGCAUUUCAAGAAGACCUUGUUCAACAAGGCCAAGGUGUUAUUAUUGAAUGGACUUUGCCUAAAGCACAGCAAGCAUUCGGAUCUUCUUUCUCUUCUAUCAAAACAGAUGCAUGGCAUGAUUUUGACGAAACAAAAACAAAGAACGAGAUCACACUUCAAGACUGUCUUGAUGAGUUUACCAGUGAUGAGCGAUUGACAAGCGAAGACUCUUGGUAUUGCCCACAAUGUAAAAAGCAUCAACACGCAUCUAAAAAGAUGGAUAUUUGGAAAUUGCCUGAAAUUAUGGUAGUUCAUUUAAAACGAUUUAGUCAGUUCAGACGAUGGGGAGAAACCAAGUUAAACACCUUUGUGGAUUUUCCACUGACUGAGUUGGAUAUGACAGAUAAAGUACUAGGUCCUCAUGAGCAUAGAUUAGUAUAUGAUCUAUAUGCUGUAGACAACCAUUAUGGUGGCAUAGGAGGAGGACAUUAUACUGCAUUCGCACAAAACUUUCUUGACAAAGAAUGGUAUGAAUUUAAUGAUACACAAGUGACUAGAAUAGAAUCAAAUGAAAUCAAGACAAAUGCUGCUUACCUUUUGUUCUAUAAAAGACGUGCUUAA